AACUCCAUGUGUACCCAUCAUCCCAUGCCUCCUUCUCCUAUUUAAAUCCUACUGAUUCCCCCAUUGGAUUUUCAGGGAGAACUUGAGCUUGAAGAGACUUGCACAGACAGACCCCUAUUGCUAGAUUGGGCAGAAGAAGAAGUAUGGAAAUGGCCAUGGAGCUUGAAGAUGACUUGUUCUUUGCAGACUUGACUAAGCAAAUCUCUCUUCUUAUCAUGGAUGAUGAUGAUCAAGACCCUAUUGCCUCUUGCCCCUCUGUUUCUCUUCAGGCUUUCUCUUGUGCAAUUCAUCAACCAGCGCAAGUGCCUGCUUAUGUGUAUGAGCAAUCUUGCAAGAGAGAAACCAAAGGAACUGGAGUUUUUAUCCCGCAAUCGACAGUGCCGAGAAGAAAGCAAAACAGGCAAGGGAAAUACACUAAUGCAUACAACAACACAAAAUCCCAAAGCAGAUCACAAUUAGCUGAUCAGCGCAACAGGAAAAUGGUUUCCCAAUUGCCUUCAGACUUUGCUUUUAGAGCAAGAAAUGGCAGAGAGUAGAAGAGAAACAAGUUUACAAUGAAAUAAAAUUUCCACUGACAAAUCCCUUUUGGGCCAAAUUUGGUCAGGCACUUCAAGGAGUUUAUGACACUACUUUUUCAGUUAUAAAUGGUGAUGAAGAUGUACAUGUAUGGCAGGUCAAGGAGAAUAAAGCUACAGAUUCUGUAAAGGGGGAGGCAUAACCAAAGGUUUAGAAGCCUCCAAUUGGGAACAUGUAAGGUUAUUGUUAGGUUGGAUACAGAAUGAGCUUUCUAAGUCAUCAAUUAGAUGCUAUUAAUCAAAUUGUUUUAUUCAUAUUUUGUAUCAGUUGAUAACCAGCUAAAUAAUGUAAUCGAACUUCUUGGCCAAUAUAAUUUUAUGGAAAA